GUUUAGUGAUGCUAGUGGUACAGAAAUGUCACACUAUUCUAAAAAGACAUAUACACAAAGACAAAUUGUAUUGACACAGAGAAAACAUAGUUAUGUUGGAAAAUAAAAAUAUUUUUUAAUGCACAUACAUUAGAUUUUCAGUACACUUUUACUACUAUUUAAAAGGUUCACAGAAAUCAGAUGUGUAAAUAAAUAUAUAAAACAAUUGGUCUAAAUAUAGUCUUGUAAGAACACUAUACCCCUGAUUACUCAGUUCACUGUCUGGGCAAGUUGAGGUCAGAAUCUUCCAGAGACCUGACCUCAUCCAGUGGAGUUCCAGGAUAUGACAAAAUGUUUGAACACCUCAGAAGUCAGUGAACAGACAUACUGAUGUGAUCAGAUUAGAUACACACCUUUUCUAUCUUAUAUUUAAGGUAUAGCUAAUGUACACUCAGCCAGUACUUUAUCAGCCAGCCAGUGACAGACACUAUAAAUUAAAGUCUGAAUUUUUUUUUUACCCUGAAUGUGUACAGUAACACGAGUCAUUCUUCAUCAGAAGAAAACAGGCCUGCUCACACACUGGGAAUCACAGCUGUGGUUUACUCUAGAGAGACACUGAAAGAGAAGAAGCCUGGACAUAUCCGAACUCAAAAACGCAAGGCACAAACUUUGUUCCAGACCUAUAAACAAGAGUGCUGGCUCAGAUAGGGCAAUAUGAUACCCCACUUGCACCCAACUGAGGGACGUCAUUCACACUGGCUGCUUUGCUUGGUGUUUUCAGGGAGCUGUCUGGCACCAGGGCUCUAUUUCCUAUAAAUACAAUACAUCCGUGCUGCUAGGGCUGCUUGGAAACUGGGCUUGGUGUAGGCCGAACACAUUCUUGUAGUGUUUGUUCUCACUUGGUUUCAGAACUCUAGCCUCUCAAACCACUUGGGAUGUGUCUGGCUGAGAUCCUUGUGUGUGAAUGUUUCCCUUUUUGAUUAUUUGUUUUAGUUGAGCACCUGGACCUUUGUGUUGUGAAUAGGCAUAUUCUUUCUUAAGUUUUGUAUUAAAGGUGCACAAUUUUUUCCUCAUUAAUAAGGUUUAACUCCUGAAGACAUGAAUUGUAAUUUUGCAAUAUAUGUAGGAAAUUAUGAGCACUCACAUUAAAAUAAAGACUCCAGUCAUAUCAGUAACCUUAUAAAAGCUGUUUUAUUCUACAUGGAGAGGGUCCGCACAUGGGGACUGCCAUGUUAGGAUCACAUUACCAGCUGAAUUCAGCUCGCUUAAUCUCAGUAACCGUCCUGUUAUUUGACACUUUCACUCAUUGAUUAAAGUAAUCAUGGCUGACUGUGAAUACUAAAUUUCUACAAUGGCAUCUAAAACUGAAAACUAUUGAUCCUACAUGAUGCUGCAACCAAGCCGCUAGGUGUCAGUGUAAGUCCAAGAUGACACAAAGACAAAAGUUACUGAGUUUCCUUUAAUCUUUGAGCCGCGAGCAAAAUUAUAAUAUAUUAAAAGACUAAACUGUGUUUAUCUUUUUCAGAGGAAAUGUUUCCCUGUUUACAAUUUUUUAUUUUUAUUUAAAGUGGUCAUGAAAUGCUCUUUUUUUUAUAUAUAUAUAUAGUUUUAUUAUCUUCCCUGAGGUCCACUGAUAAUGUUAGUAAUGAUUUUUGGAGUAAAACAGUAAGAAUAUAGUAAUAUAUGAUCAUUUUCCACCCUGUCUUUGGCCCUCCUUCUGAAACGCUCUGUUUUGGCAUAAGCGCCUCCUUAAAUCUUCAACGUAAAUGCCCACUGUUCUAAUAGGCUAACAACGUGCUGCAGCCCCUCGAUUUCAGGCAUUUUUGAAACUCAAUCUGAAGAGAAUGAACAAGCUCCACAACAUUAUAAAACUAAAUUUUAGGGGUUACACAUAACGCACAUCAAACACAUUGCAUCUGAAUAUAUUAAACUGUUCAUCUCAAGCACAACUGUUAACACUCACACCCUGUCUACACCAGACAUGAGAGGCGCAAUGGCAGCAUCCGUUGCGGUGCGGCGUGUUGCGUCAACAGUAAACAGAUGUCCCGUGGCACUACUACUGCCAACAACACAAAUAAAGGGUUUAGAAAGUUUGUGACAAUGCGCCCAGUAUAGACAGCCUCAAGCUGUUGCGUUGGGUCAGUGGACGUGCCCGGUGUUAACAGGGAGUCAGCAACAUAAACUAUCAAACAGUCAUGACAUUUGAAAUAUUCAUGAAUGAAACUGUUUACUCACGUUAUUGCGAUCACGUUCAAGUGUUUUGAACUGCCCCAUCAUUCAAUAACAGUUCCUUUGCAGAGCUUGAAUUGUAUUAUGACUGGUAUGAUAUGAGCCGAACAUAUAAUCCACUCUAAAAUAUGCCGAAGACACAUCCACAUCCAGUUUCAAAUAUCAUUCCAUCAUGUUUUCAUACACCAACAAAUAAAAAUAGCACAGAUGGGUGAAAGAACGUGAGGCAGCAGCUGAAUGACAGAGAGCUUCUCCUCUUUAGAGUUAUAACUUGACACCGCUUCUUUUAAUAGCGGCCCGAGAAUGGUACAUCAUUUGAACAUUUCAAAUUUUUCAUCUUUAUGGGUUUUUUUUUUUUAAGGAAAAUUAGCAACUUGAAUUUUUUUAAUUUAAGUUUUAAUAUUUGGAUAUUUGGAUAUUUUAAUCUUUAUGCAAUAUUAUGUUGCAAACAAAAUAAAUACAUACAGUAAACAAUAUUCAAGUCAAGUUCCCUGUCUAGCUUGUUUUUGAGAAAUAAAUAAAUACAGUAAAUUAAGUGUCCCACUUUACCAGUAAUGCCUGGGGGGAAAAAAUAGUUAAUUUCAUACUAGUUAAAGGUGCUGUAAGCCAUUUUUUUUUUUUUUUUUUUUUUUUUUUUUUAAAUGGAUGGUAUGCAGAAAAUGUUCCUUCUCCCUGAAACAUAUUCCUGAAUUAAGUGUCCUGAGAUAUCUCACCGGUCUCAGAAACAGCACUAGACUGUUAACAGCAGGAAAACAAAAUUGACCGCGGGCCGCGGACACAUUCUUUGUUCAGCCAAUCAGAACACUUGGAACACUUUUCUGCGUUUUCAUAGUGUAGUAGUUAUGGUUUUUAAGUAUAUAUCUAGAUAUGUCUGAAAUAUGACAUUAUCUAUGAUAACAUGAUCGUAUUAAUAUAACAGAAUAAAACUGAGCAGAAUGAUAUGACUGAUUUUUUUCCUAAAUAUAUUAUUUGUAAAAUGCUUCUUAUGCACCUGACAAUAUAAUUAUGUUUACAAAAAUACCAGAAUCCCUUUUGCCGGUUAUAAUAAGACGGCGUGAAGGAGGUUAAAUGACACUUGCUCGUUAUAAGUGCUAGUUGAGUGCGAUUACCGCCCAGUGGCAGUGGACUAUUCCAUUACAGUCUCAGGGGGUGUUCAUGUUCACAGCGCAUCCCACAGUAGCACUCUGCACAAUGACCGAGGGGGAUAUCACCGUUUUCACAUUCGGACAGAUGACUAUCGAUCAGAAAGAUCCUAAAAAUAAUCCUCUCCAAAAACUCUACAGUAAGAAUGGAGGAUACCAUCUCCGGAUCCAACCUAACGGGACUGUGGACGCGAGUCGUCAAGAUAACGACGUUUACACUCUUCUGAAGGUGAAAGCAGUCAAGGCAGGAGUGGUGGCCAUCAGGGGUCAUGAGACUGAACUAUACCUGGCCAUGGACAAAUGCGGAAAACUAUAUGGGACUGCCAUGUUGAAUGAGGAGUGUUACUUUAUUGAGAACAUAGAGGAGAACCACUACAACACGUACCGUUCACAGAGGUACCAGGAGAACGGAGACUGGUAUGUUGGGGUCAAGAAGAACGGGCGAAUGAAGAAUGGCUCCAAAACACACAAAGGCCAAAAUGCAAUCUACUUCCUGCCAAUUCCAGUGGAUGGCAGCAUACAAUAACGUUUGAGCUGUAUCAUACACUACAUGAUGCAAUAUGAGGAGAAAACAAUGCUUUGAUAGCCAUAAUAUACUGCCUAUAUUUAAAAUAUGUCUAUAUUUUAUUUAUUUUUAUGUAUUUAUUUUCUGUGUUUUGCCUGUAUAUGAAUAAAAAGAAAGACUGUAUUCAUACCACAUGAACCUUUAAUACAGAACUAUCUUAAGAAAAGUAAUGUCUAGUCCUCUCUUAUGUAAAUAUACUGUAUACACUGUAUAACACAGUUUGCCCAAAUGUCUAUUUAGGAUUUUCGUGAGAACUGAAAUAUAUCUAUUGUGGCCUGUGGCUUCAUUGUGAAAAUACUGUGAUAUUUUAAUAAACUACUUUAAUAAACAUUUAAUAAACAUUAAAAUCAUUUAUUCAAUUAUAAUAACAACAACAUUGUAAUCAUUUAACACUUAAUAAAAGGCAAUAAAACUCAACUAUAUGAAUUAUGUGUGGAGUUUACUACGAUAAAACUGUUGUUUCAUAAGAGUAGACGCGGACAAUUUUGCGUCAGGUAGGUGUUAGUUUACGGCUCUCCCCAUUCUUUUGUAUGGUAUCCGCAAAUGGUGACUUACUGUGGUAACACGCUAUUUGACCACUACGCUCUCUCUCGUAUGGUAAAAGUGCAAAUGUUGUAAUCUCGGUGAAGACGAACUCUGAUUUAGAGCAUGUAGGGGCAUUUUGUCGCAGAAGGUCUAUGUAAGUUAAAACAACUUAAAAGCCUGUAAUUCCUUUGAUUCAAUAGGUACAUUUUUGAUAAAUCUUUAAUUGAAUUAUUUGAAUGCGAAAUAGAUAUUGCACUCUUCCUUGCAUGUAAGCAUCCACAUUUGCUGCAUUAGCACUGCAUGCUAAUACAUUUAAUUUCAGUGGCAUACCUUUGAUGUUGCCUGACAAUAGAGCGCAACAGUCUGGUUCCAGAAGUAAAAAUCCCAUAAAUUUUUUUCAUAGAUGAAUUGAUUUUCAACGAUAACUUAUAAACCUUUAAAGACAGACCUACUGUUAGCUGCGAGGUUGUUCAUCGAUAAUAUAUGCCUUUGUUGAAGCCGUCUGUGUUAUUUCAACUUCAUUGUUUUAAAAUCGUGUUUAAUAGCGUAAUUCCUGGUGAAAAACUACACUGCCCAUAAUCCUGAAGAGAAAUCCACCAAUCAGAGAACCGUGGCCAACAAAGUCUGUCCAGCAGCAACCUCCAACUCGCUUGACACACUGUGAAUGACGCAAUCAAGUCAGUCUUCCUACACCCUCAAAUAUAUACCGAUCAGCCACAACAUUAAAACCACCUGCCUAAUAUUGUGUGGGUCCCCCUCGUGCCACCAAAACAGCGCCAACCCGCAUCUCAAAAUAGCAUUCUGAGAUUAUAUUCUUCUCACCACGAUUGUACAGAGUGGUUAUCUGAGUUACUGUAGACUUUGUCAGUUUGAACCAGUCUGGCCAUUCUCUGUUGACCUCUCUCAUCAACAAGGCAUUUCCAUCCGUAGAACUGCCACUCACUGGAUGUUUUUGUUUUUGACACCAUUCUGAGUAAACUGAGUAAAUCUAUACUAAAAUCAAUUGUUAUAUAUUUUUCCAGCAUUUUUAAUUCGAUUACGUCAUUUGCAAUGCUUCAUAGGAUUGUAGUUCAUUCCCUCA